CGUCUGCUACAAGUUUGCGCAUGCGCCGAAUGGCGAUAUUUCAGUGAAUAAUCUUUGAAAUAACAUUUUUUAACUAUGAAAUUUUGUCGUUAGUUGGUAUAUAUUUAGGUAAAGUUUUAGCUAAUUAAAUUCCAUAGAUUGAACUUUAAAAAACAGGAUUCCUAAAUUACAGUUAUAAAGUGACUAAAGUGUACCAUUGGUGGCCAUUACAAAACCUAAACUUUUUUAUCAGGACAAAUGUCCAUUUGAUGUUUCGGCGACGUUGUGAAGCUAAUCAUAAAUUGCGUACGGUGUUUGUAUCUGCUUGCGAUUUAAUCAUAUAAAGUGCUGUGAACUUAACCUGAAGCCAUCUCCGCAAAAUAUCUGUUUCAAUACGAUUAGCGCCGACAGAUUUUAUUUGGGUUGACUUCUCACAUCGAACAGGAGCUGUCAAUUGUUAGGGUUUUCCGAUUGUUAUUUCACUCUUAGUAUCGAUGUUAGUCAACUAAUAAGAAAUAUAACACGCCCUUUGAUCAAAUUGCAUAGUUGUCCGUGUAAAAGUCAUCAGUCAUCACCACCAUACAGAGCUUGUUGUUACUGUUCAGUGAACAUAACAUUGGCACGGCGACCCGUACAAUAAUCGUGCUCCUUUUCUGGAUGAGUUGUAUCAAAAUUAUCAGUUGUCAUUAUCAGUCGUAAAAGCGCAGUCAUCAAUUACUAAAAGAUUUCCCGUUAGUCGGUUCGCGAGUCGCCGAAACAUCUGUGUCGUUGCAGUGAAAAUGAUUUUGAGAUAAAUUACAAAAAUAUAGUGUUGUGUUGAAAAAGAGAAAAAAAACGUAUUAUUGAAGUGUGUGGUGUGGAUUGCUGGUGAGUGCAGUGGCAUGGCGAGGUUGCAGUGCAGAGGCCGGGGGCUGUGGUGACAUGGACUGCGGUGCGGUGUGGCCCCGACUGUCGGUGGGCAUUGGGCGUGAUCAGCCAGGCUGGGCUUAGCCUGCAUUCACUAGUAUUAUGAAUAAGCGUGAGGGUAACAAGGACAAGGAACGUCAGAGCGACGACAAAAGAACAUCCACCGCGACUGGCGCGGUGGGCGGGCGCGGCGUGGGCGGCAGCAGCGCGAUGCACACGUCGCGGCACUCCGUCACCUCGUCUUCGGGCGUCCUCAUGGUCGGGCCCAACUUCCGCGUCGGCAAAAAGAUCGGCUGCGGGAACUUUGGUGAACUCAGGCUCGGAAAAAAUCUCUACAACAAUGAACACGUAGCGAUUAAGAUGGAGCCUAUGAAGUCCAAGGCUCCACAAUUACACCUAGAAUAUCGGUUUUACAAACUAUUAGGAACACACGAGGGGAUCCCAAAAGUGUACUACUUGGGAACAUGUGGUGGCCGCUACAACGCCAUGGUCAUGGAGUUGCUAGGACCCUCUUUAGAGGACCUGUUUGUGCACUGCGGGCGAAGGUUCAGACUCAAGACGGUCCUUAUGAUAGCUAUGCAGUUACUACAUCGCAUCGAAUAUGUCCACACGAGACAUCUAAUAUAUCGGGACGUUAAGCCUGAAAAUUUUUUAAUAGGUAGAGCUACGAGUAAAAGGGACAAAAUCAUACACAUCAUUGAUUUCGGAUUGGCCAAAGAAUAUAUAGACUUAGAGACAAACAAACAUAUCCCAUACCGGGAACACAAGUCACUGACCGGGACUGCGAGAUACAUGUCAAUAAAUACACAUUUAGGAAAAGAACAAUCGCGACGCGACGACCUAGAAGCUCUGGGGCAUAUGUUUAUGUAUUUUUUACGUGGUUCCUUACCCUGGCAGGGUUUAAAAGCUGAUACACUCAAAGAAAGAUACCAAAAAAUCGGUGAUACCAAACGAGCGACUCCUAUCGAGGUGCUGUGCGAGGGGCACCCCGAGGAGCUGGCCACGUACCUACGCUACGUGCGGCGGCUGGACUUCUUCGAGACGCCCGACUACGACCAGCUGCGCCGCAUGUUCCGCGACCUGUUCGAGCGCCGCGGCUACGUCGACGACGGCGAGUUCGACUGGACCGGCAAGACCAUGCCGGCCAACAUGCAUGUGAUGCGCAUAUUACGCCACGCGCCCCCGUCCAAUAUUAUUAAGAACAAAUCCGAUAAGUCUACACCGGUGGGUUCCAUUCAGACUGCUCACGACACAAUAGUAUCACCAAGCAGAGAUAGGCAUGCUCCGCCUUUCCAUAAGGAUGAUUUGUGUGAUUAUAUGGUUGGUUUGGUUGAGGACGAUGAGGCGGCGCUAAUAUACGGAGAGGGCGUCGUAAAAGACUCCGGUACGGGUGGGACGGCCAACACGGGUGGAAACUGGCCGCACAGUGGGAAGGCCACCCCGCUCACCACGGGCCACCUCACCCCCGCCGAUAGGCAUGGAUCUGUACAGGUGGUGAGCUCGACGAACGGCGAGCUGGGCGCGGACGACCCCACGGCCGGCCACAGCAACACGCCCAUCACGCAGCACCACGAGGUCGAUGUGCUCGACGACACCAAGUCAGUGUUUCAACUGCAAUCCGUGUAUUCCAGAUGCUGUUGUUUCUUCAAGCGCAAAAAGAAGAAGUGCGCGACGCGCGCGUACAAGUGACGCGUGUGCGCGUGACACCCGCACCCGCCGCGACCCCCGCCCCGCACGCCGCUCGACCCCUCGCACCCCUACACUCGCCGACCAGCGCGCUAGGGGUUGCCAACACUGUACUCAUUUUCACUUACGAGCUCCCUUUUGACACACUGGUCAUGUUGUUUUAUUUAGCGCUUCACGCAAACGUACCCAAAACAUGAAUCGACUAACUAUUCUAUCCGAAUAAUAUAAAUAUCGAUUAUAUUAGAUUCUAAGUCAAAUCGAAUAUUCAGAAAACAUCGUGUGACACCUAUUUAUUAUUUUUGUUAAUCAUAAUACAGCUGUAACAUUCGAUCUUUGAUCAAAUAUUCGAAUUGUUGAAUAUAUUAUGAAAAAUAUUCGAAUUUUUAUUCGAUAAAAAAACUACAGUAUGUAACAUACUUAUUUGAAAAGCCAAAAGGGAAUUCAUUCGUGAAAAGUACUAUACACCAUUACAGUACACCAUUGCAGAACAUCAAAUACAUUUACAAGUUCAUUAUCCAGAAUACAUAAGUUUAUCAUUUAAUGGUAACACCGUAAUUAACAAAUAUGUCGUGAUAAACAUUAUUGUUAAUUAUCAUGAUAAUUGUUAUUAAUUAUUUUAUUAGGGCGGACAUGUUGAAAUGUAAUACAUAAUUAUGUUGAAGUUGCAAUUUUUCUUAUAAUCCGAAUUCUUGAGUAUAUGAACUCCUACGAAAUCAUGUGAUUUACUGUUAAUAAAUUUUAUUAAUCACUUGUGUGUUGUUAGUAUUCAAUAAAAUUUAUUCAUUGUAAAUAAAUAAUGUUUUUUAAGCAAAUAAGGUAUCUUUUGAAAGUUCAACUUCUAGCAAAUGGAGGUAAACUUGAGUAUUAAAAUUAAGUAACAAUUAUUUUGAUAAAGUUAUUGUUGAUAAUUAUCACUUAUAACUAUUUAAAUGAUAAUUAUCAUUAAUAUCGUUUGAAAAUGACCUUUAUAACGUCUCAUAUAUUUAAAUUGUGAAUAUGUGACGAAUGUUUUGUUAAGGAUAGUAAAUUAUAACCUGCCGUACUAUUUAGCCUGAGAUAUUUAUCUAUUUGAAUAAAAAUAAAAAGUUGAAUGAAAUGAAGUUCGAUUUUUAUCAAAAUGAAGUUUCUUGUGUCCUGUUAUACCCAAUAAAUGAAUCAAUCUGCCUUCUUAGAAACUUUAAAGUAAAUGAAAAUCUUCACAUUUUCAUUCAAUUUUAUAACAUGAUACUUACUAUCAAUAAUCCCUGACCUGCAAUAGAAGGAUUUAAUUUUUAUUUAUUUUAAUAACAACUGUACAAAGUAUCAACUCAAUCGGAACGAAGUGCGCACGCAUCGCUAACGAGCAGACAGACAGACAGACAAAUAUUCAUUGUUUAGAUGUUAUUAAUACAAAAAAGGUUCUCAUCUGACGCAUAUAGUACGGUAAGGGAUAUUUUUUGUUUCUAGUAAAUUAAAGGAUUGUAAUUUAAAAAUGUAUUUUACAUAGUGUUCUUUAAAGUUGGCAACCCUUACUAUGAUUAAAAUGUGUAUUCGACCCUUUCUCUCUAUCGCGCAUUUAUGUUAUGGACUAAGAGCCAGCGCGUGCCAGACCUUCGUUAUUUUAAAAACCUGAAAGUUUAUCUGCGUAUUGUCCCCAACAUAGUUAGGAGCGGUCAGUAACUGUGAAGUUUGAUCAUGGUGGCUUUAAAUGAUAACAGGUAAUAAAAAAAAAAUCUUCCAAAGCCAUCAUUAUCUAACUUCAUAGUCGCUGAUAGUUCCUCCUUGUGCUGGGGACAAUACGCUGAGAAACUUUCAGCUUUUAUAAAAUAACGAAGGUCUAACAUGCGCUGGCUCUCUAUUAUUG